AUGUCAGAAAAUGCAAUAGCUGAGUGUUUAGGAACGUUGGAAUCUGCAAAGAAUUUGUGUUUGCAAAUUCACAAUAGCAAGAAUGAAGAUCCAGUAGACGGCCAGCAAAAGGUUCAUGAAAUAAGAAAGCAACUUUCUGCUAGACUUUUGCUAUUAAGAGCUGUGAAUCGUGAAUCAUACGAGCAACUUCAAAGAGCAAAGGGAGCAACGGGUGAUCAUCGUGCUUCUCUCGAGCAGGCUUUAGUAAAUUUGCAAGCAUUACAGUAUCAAAAGUUACAUUUAAACGCAAUCAUUAAAGACUUUCAUGAUAAAGAACACCUGUAUACCCAGCUUCCGCUGAUUUCUAAGGAAGAAUUUCAAAAAAACCAUUCUGAAUUACAAAAUGCAAGCGAUCAUGAGGUUAUGAUCGCAAGACUUCAUGACGAGCUAAGUGAGCGCCAGCGGCUCUCUGGUCUUAAACAAGAUCUACUCAAACGAAAAGCAACUCUCAUUUCAGAGAACAAGGCCAAACGGAUCAAAUUGGAGAAGCUUGAUGAUAAAUUAGAAGCCUUUUUCCGAUCUGUCGUUCCCGUACAAGAAUAUUAUCGGAGUACUUCUCUAUAA